AUGUUGGUACUUGAACGCGUUCGUACUAUUGCUAUUUUAUGUUUAACCGUAUUUGGAUGUACAGGAAAUAUUUUAAUAUUAAUUGUUGUUUAUCAAGGUUAUUUUCGAAAAACCGCUUCAACUGUAUUAAUAUCUGCCUUAUCGAUUUCGGAUUGUAUUGUAUUAUGUUUACAAAGUUUACAAAUCGUUACCAAACUUCAACCACAAGUAACAUCCUAUGAUUGUGUCUUACUCUUUUUUAUGGAUGCCUUUCGUCUUUUAUCUGUUUGGCUGGUUUGUAUUAUUAAUAUUGAACGUUGCUCAUUAGUAUUUAAUCCAUGCUAUAUGCCACGUUUAACUUGUCGAAGAAAAUCACAUAUAUUUGUGAUAAUAUUAUGUAUUAUUUCAUUACUUGUAUUCAGUCACUAUGCUAAGCAUAUGCAUAUCGAAUAUGUUUAUAACUCAAAUACAACAAUUCCAAUACGUUCAUUUUGUGUAUUCAAACCGAAUUUUCAUCGUUUAGUAUGGGAAUGUAUAAGAUCUGGUUUAACAUAUUGGUUUACCGUACCGGUAUGCACUGUUUGCAAUCUUAUUAUAAUUCACCAACUUCGUCAAGCAUCAAGUAUUGAACGUGCAUUAAAUAAUAUGAAUCCAGGAACUGAUCAACUAAUGAAUACAAACAAAUUCGAUCUAUCAACUAAACAACGACAACUAACAGCGAUGCUUCUUUCAUCAUCAAUUUGUUUUGUAUUAACAUCAACACCAUCAACAAUACAUACAACAUAUAUAUUAAUAACUGGUAAAGUGGAUAAUGUUCAAUACGCAAUACAUAUAUUAACAAAUAUUCUACUUCAUUUUCAUCAUGCAUCAAAUUUCUUAGUCUUUGUUUUUUCUUCUGCUCGUUUUCGUAUUGAAUUAAUGCAUUUAUUGCGUCGAUAUAUUGUUUGUCAGAUUUGUAUGCCUUGGUAUAAACGUUCAAUACCUAAAACUGACCAGAUUCUCAUUAUUUCAACCAAACAACAUAAAACACCGAAUAAGUUAUUAACAAAAACAAAAGAAUCGAAACGAAAAAUGAAAGUUCAAUAUCAUGGUGAAGUCAUUGAACUCAAAAUGAAUGAGCGUGAACAGCCUUAA